AUGUCAGAGGAUAAGAUUAAUAGUAGUAACGAUGUUAAUAGUAACGACGCUAAUAGUAACGACGCUAAUGCUAACGACGCUAAUGCUAACGAUGCUAAUGCUAAUAAUAAUUCAGAUCCAAAAUUAAAUCAACAAGAUUUAGAUAAAAUUAAAGAUGUUGCAAGUAAAAUUUUAAAUCCAAAUAAUGAACAUCCGCAAAUUAAUGAAUAUAUUCAAUCUACAUUCUCAUAUAUUGGUAAUGCAAUGUAUAAAAUGCAAACUACCAAUGAUAGAGAUGCAACUGCAAAAGAAAUUGCUAAUGAUUUAACUAAUAAAUUUGAAACGUGGGUUAAAAAUAGAGAAGAACAACAACAACAACAACAACAAAAGAAACAAGAAGAAGCGGAUAAUUCUGAAUCCAACGAAAAGAAAGAAUAA